ACGGUUCUCUUUGUAAGAAAUAUUUUUAGCAUGUAAGAACAUGAUUUGGAUUCAGUAGUAAAAACGUAAUAAAGAAGAAAACAACUUAUCAGUGGCGACGAGAAUAAAAAGAUAUUCAAAACACGUGUUAAAAUAAUAAAAGAAAGUUAAGAACAUUUUAUAAUGGCUUUAAUUGGACAUAUGGAACCCUUUUUGCCUGGGGAAAAUUUUAAUUUAUACCUUCAGCGUUUGGAGCAAUACUUCGUAGUAAACGAUAUUCUAAAUUCAAAAAAGGUAGCGGUGUUACUGACUAUGAUAGAUCCAAUUGCGUUUGAAACGCUAGGGUCAUUGUGUUCUCCUAAAGAACCUAAGGCGGUUCCGUUGGAAGAAAUUAUAGCAACUUUAAAGACACACUAUGCUCCUAAUCUAAAUGAGACUGCUGAAAGGUACAAAUUUUACACCCGCAAUCAAAAAGAGGGCGAGCCGCUUGGUGAAUAUAUUGUGGAAUUGAAGUCUCUGGCUAGUAGCUGUAAUUUCGGCACAUUUUUAUCUGAAGCAUUACGAGACAGAUUGGUAUGUGGUGUUAUUGACAAAAAGUUAAGAGCAAGAUUGCUAAAUCAGAUAUCAUUAUCAUGGGAGGAAGCAAAAAAUAUUGCCCUUAUAGAAGAUCAAACCCAAACUAGUUUAAAUGCUAUGGAAAAUAGGUAUAAUGAAAGGGCAAUACGAAAAACAAGGGUGUAUGAGGACGCGAUGGAAGAAGGAAGUGAGGAUAGUGCCAGCAGUAACUACCCAAUUAAGAGAUUGUCCAAGAGAGGAAUGGUAGAACACGGUAAACAGAAUGGGUUAUGCAAGAGGUGUGGAAGAAAAUAUCUGCCAGAGAAGUGUAGAGUUCGUGAUUGGAAUUGCUAUCGAUGUGGACUUAAAGGACACUUAGCAAAUAUGUGUAAAACAAAAAGAGUUAAUAAUGUAUUAUCAAAUUUGAAUAGCGUAGGUAUUGAAAAUAAUUCAAUUUUUGUUUAUCUUUUAGUCGAAAAUGUAAAAUUAAAAUUUGAAAUUGAUACGGGAUCGGCAGUAUCAGUGGCGUCUGAAGAAGUUUAUAAAAAAUAUUUUGGCUCCAAAAAACUUACAAAUGUGGAAAAUACAUUAGUAAAUGUUAGCGGUCAAAAAAUAUCUUUAUGCGGGGUGAUUAAAGUAAAAGUAAGUGAUUUUUUGUUGGACUUAUUUAUAAUUAGAACAGAGAAGCCAUUUGAUUCAUUAUUGGGUCGCAAUUGGUUGGAUGUUUUAAAAAAAGGUUGGCGAGAGAACUUUAUCGACAAAAUUAACUUAAAUUAUUCUUCAUAACAUAUGUAUGUACAUAGGGGAAAGGUACCUUAUAUGCAUACUUAUAUACUACACUUACUAAAUUAAGAUAUCCAUAUAAAAUUUAGUACAAGUAUUAUACAGAAAUAUUACUGUAAUUUUUUUUGCGAUCGGUCCAUAAUUGGUCAUA